UAGCCUCAAAGUUCACACGCUUUUCCCUAUUUUUGUCAAAAUGACUUCAACACCUAGUCAUGCGACAAUGACUUCAGUGCCUGAAUUACAUGAAAAGUUUGCUUUGGAAGCUCCUGAUAUUGUUGUAAUUGUUGUUUACUUUGCAUUUGUUCUUGUUGUGGGGAUAUGGUCUUCUGUCAGAGCAAACAGUGGGACUGUGGGUGGAUACUUCUUGGCUGGAAGAUCUAUGACAUGGUGGCCUAUUGGGGCCUCUCUGAUGUCCAGUAAUGUUGGCAGUGGUUUGUUCAUUGGAUUAGCUGGCACUGGAGCAGCAGGGGGCAUUGCUGUCGGAGGAUUUGAAUUUAAUGCAGCUUGGGUCCUCAUAGCUCUUGGCUGGAUCUUUGUGCCUGUCUACAUCUCUGCUGGUGUAGUAACCAUGCCAGAGUAUCUGAAGAAGAGGUUUGGUGGCCAGCGCAUCAGAAUCUAUAUGAGUGUCCUCUCGCUCAUUCUCUAUAUUUUUACCAAGAUAUCGACAGAUAUAUUCUCUGGCGCUCUGUUCAUUCAAGUGUCCCUGGGCUGGGAUCUCUAUCUCUCCACUGUAGUGCUUCUUCUAGUGACUACCAUUUACACUAUAGCUGGGGGGCUGACCGCAGUUAUCUAUACAGAUGCUUUGCAGACGGUCAUCAUGGUCGUAGGAGCAUUUGUACUCAUGUUUAUAGCUUUUGACAAGGUGGGUUGGUAUGAAGGUCUGCUUGAGCAGUACAAGGAGGCCAUCCCCACAGUAACUGUGCCCAACACUACAUGUCAUCUGCCCCGGUCCGAUGCCUUCCACAUUUUCAGAGAUCCAGUGACCGGGGACCUGCCUUGGCCUGGUCUGCUUUUUGGCCUCACGGUCCUCUCCACCUGGGUGUGGUGCACUGACCAGGUCAUAGUGCAGAGGUCUCUCUCAGCUAAGAACCUGUCCCACGCUAAAGGGGGCUCUGUGCUGGGAGGUUACCUGAAAGUCCUACCUAUGUUCUUUAUUGUGAUGCCUGGCAUGAUCAGCAGAGCACUUUACCCAGAUGAGGUUGGCUGUGUCGAUCCGACUGAGUGCAAUAGAAUUUGUGGGGCCGCCGUUGGCUGUUCCAAUAUUGCCUACCCCAAACUAGUGGUCGAACUUAUGCCUGUAGGCAUGAGGGGGUUGAUGAUUGCAGUAAUGAUGGCUGCUCUCAUGUCUUCCCUGACCUCCAUCUUCAACAGCAGCAGCACCCUUUUCACUAUGGACAUUUGGCAGAGGUUCCGGCCACAGGCCUCCGAGCUAGAACUCAUGAUGGUGGGCAGGGUAUUUAUCUUAGUGCUGGUGGUUCUCAGCAUCCUGUGGAUCCCAAUCCUCCAGUCAGCCAACAGUGGACAACUAUUUGACUACAUCCAGGCCAUUACCAGCUACUUGGCUCCUCCAAUCACUGCAGUCUUUAUUAUGGCAAUCUUCUGGAAGCGUGUCAAUGAGCAGGGAGCCUUCUGGGGUCUGAUUGUGGGCCUGACAGUAGGUUCGGUGCAGAUGGUGCUGGUGUUUGUGUAUGGCACCCCGUCCUGUGGCGAGGUGGACAUACGGCCAGCCUUCAUUCGGGAUGUUCACUACCUGUACUUUGCUCUCAUUCUCCUGGCUCUCACUGGCCUCAUCAUCACUGUUGUCAGCCUCUCCACUCCGGAGAUUCCAGAUUACCACCUCCAUCGUCUGACAUGGUGGACAAGACACAGCAAGGAGCAUCGAAUUGACUUCAUCGAUCAAUGGGAUGCAAAGCUCAGAACACCACCCACAAUUUCUGAUUCUAGCACUGGGGAAGAGACUCAGGAUGCCAGGCCAUGCUGGAAACGGAUGGGAAUGCGGUUGUGUGGACUGUCUGGGCAUAAGAAAAAUCAGUUAACCCUGGAGGAGAAACAUGCCUUGGAGUUAAAACUAACCAACAUUGAUGAAGAACCAAUUUGGCGCAAUGUCUGCAAUGCCAACGCCAUCAUACUACUCAGUAUUAAUGUCUUUAUGUGGGGCUACUUUGCCUGAGUUACAUUUCUCCAUUACAGAUGUUCUUGAAUUUAAUAUUAAUCAUUUUAUUAUUAAUCAAAUACAAAUUUAAAGCUAAUUGUUUACAAUUAGAAUGUCAAACUAAGUAAAUAUUCAUUUUAGGUUUAGUUUUAACUGCAUUUAUGUUAAAUUUAUUUAGCAGACUUAUACGCUUGUAAGUGCAUACAUCUUUAAUCCACCACUCAUGCAAAUAAAGCUUUUUGUGUGGACGAGUGGCCUAUUUCUUCAGGGUCAAGAAUGUUGCAAAUAGAAACUCAGGUCUCAUGAAACACUGUCACCAUUACAGUGUGCAUUCCAUAAAUCAGUACUAAAUUAGGGGUAAUCUUUAUGGUUUCAACAACAGUGGCUAAUCUGAUUAAAUAAAUGUGAAAUAAAAUACAAAUAUAUUGUCUUAAAUACAAGAGCACUCCAUUCCACAAUAGUGAAUGCCAGAGUUUUCUCAUAACAGAACACACUAAAAAAACUAUUUUAUAUGUGUAUACUUAUCUUUGGC